ACCGCAGCGCAUACACUACAAUGGCUGCUGGAAAGAGGGGAAAGCAAACAAUUUCCAGGCCCGCCGCGUCCAGCCUGAAAUAUGGGGAAAAAAUUACAGAAAAAUCGGAGAACACUGUAAAGGGUGGAAACGGGGCGCAGAGGGGAUGCUGAGGCUCCCGCGACCAGCAAAAAUGGGAAGUACUGGAUUCUGGUUUCCUCCAAGAAGAGUCAGCGGAACUGGUUAAGACCAAAAUCUGAGGACUUUACUGGGCUACCAUCAGUCCCCUUUUGCUUUCUUUUACGACCACAUGAAACUUGAGAAGCCAUCUAAAGCUAAAUCAUUUAGUGGAGUUGGGCAAUUCCCAAGUGUCCAACAAGAAGGCCUGGUUUAGGCUGCGAUGGCCACUGUCAUUCCUGGUGAUUUGUCAGAAGUAAGAGAUACCCAGAAAGUCCCUUCAGGGAAACGUAAGCGUGGUGAAACCAAACCAAGAAAAAACUUUCCUUGCCAACUGUGUGACAAGGCCUUUAACAGUGUUGAGAAAUUAAAGGUUCACUCAUACUCUCACACAGGAGAGAGGCCCUACAAGUGCACACAACAAGACUGCACCAAGGCCUUUGUUUCUAAGUACAAAUUACUAAGGCAUAUGGCUACUCAUUCUCCUGAGAAAACCCACAAGUGUAAUUAUUGUGAGAAAAUGUUUCACCGAAAAGAUCACCUAAAGAAUCACCUACAUACACACAAUCCCAACAAAGAGGCCUUUAAGUGUGAAGAAUGUGGAAAGAACUACAAUACCAAGCUUGGGUUUAAGCGUCACCUGGCUUUGCAUGCUGCAACAAGUGGUGACCUCACCUGUAAGGUAUGUUUGCAGACAUUUGAAAGCACGGGAGUGCUGCUGGAGCACCUAAAAACUCAUGCAGGCAAGUCAUCGGGUGGAGUAAAGGAGAAAAAGCACCAGUGUGAACACUGUGAUCGUCGGUUCUACACCCGAAAGGAUGUCCGUAGACACAUGGUAGUGCACACUGGAAGAAAGGACUUCCUCUGUCAGUAUUGUGCACAGAGAUUCGGGCGGAAAGAUCACCUAACACGCCAUAUGAAGAAAAGUCACAACCAAGAACUUUUGAAGGUCAAAACAGAGCCAAUGGACCUUCUAGAUCCCUUUACCUGCAAUGUUUCUGUGCCUAUAAAGGAUGAGCUGCUUCCAGUGAUGUCUUUACCUUCCAGUGAGCUGACAUCAAAGCCAUUUACAAACACUUUGCAAUUGAAUCUCUACAACACUCAAAUUCAGUCCAUGCAGAGUUCUGCGUCUGCACACCAAAUGGUCACCACAUCAUUACCCUUGGGAAUGCCUUGUCCAAUAGAUAUGGAGUCUGUCCACCCGUCUCACCAGCUAUCUUUGAAAUAUCCACUCAGUUCUACCUCAUAUGCAAUUUCUAUGCCUGAAAAAGAACAGCCAUUGAAAGGGGAAAUUGAAAGUUACUUAAUGGAGUUGCAAAGUGGUAUACCGUCUUCAUCCCAGGAUUCUCAAGCAUCUUCAUCUAAAUUAAGGUUGGAUCCUCAAGUAGGGCCACUAGAUGAUGGAUCUGGGGAGGUUUCCCUUUCCAAAAGCUCUGUUUCCAUUAGUGAACCUCUAAAUACCCAAUCGUUGGACUUUUCUCAGUUGUUCAACUUUAUACCAGUAAAUGGCCCUCCCUAUAACCCUUCUGUUUCAGUGGGAAAUCUUGGAAUGAGUUAUACACAGGAGGAGGCACAUUCUUCAAUGGCUCAACUUCCACCACAAACACAGGAUCCUCACGAUCCUAGCAACAGUAUAGGUCUUGGGUCCCUGCACUCAUUGUCAGCAGCUUUCGCAAGUAGUCUAAGCACAACCACCACCCUACCACGUUUUCAUCAAGCUUUCCAAUAGGAUGUACAAAGCUGGCUUAUUACUGUCUAUUUGUAGAAAUGCCUUAGGUAAUCAUUUUUAACUUAGUGCCUACUAUAAGACAUUACAAAUCCUCUGCUUUUGUACAGUACCAAUCUCAUGAAGCCAGUAAGAAAUUUAAAUUAACUUUUACAUGUUUUGAAAGUGUUUUAUUCUC